CUCGGCCACAAACACAACUCAAGCAUUGGUCUUGAACAAAUAUUUGAUCUCUUUCAUUCUCCCGAGUUGACUAAUCCGGCUCGCCUAUUGUAAUCAUCUUGCUCCGAGGCUAGCAGACACAGCACUGUACACUCGGCUUUAUUCUUGAAACGCGACUCAAGAGCACGAGACCUUCACUCACUCACCCGCGAACGCGCCAGUCAACUCCUUGUCUGCGUACUACCUUGAUCCACCAGUUUUCGGACCGUACCUCGAAUUUAAGGCGUACAAAAUCCGUCGAACACAGCGCUUCUAUACACUAGCACAAUGACCGACGUUGACAUGUCAAGACGGAACAAGAAGCCCAGACCGUUGCACGAGAAUGAGAGAGCGCGACUGGAGGAAUUCAUCGACUCAAUCGGAUACUCAGCAAGGUAUUCUGAUUCUGAAUACGAGUACCGACAUGUCCAACUUCCGAAAGCCAUGCUAAAGGUCAUUCCCCGCGACUACUUCGAUGACGCAAAGGGCACACUCAAGCUGUUGUGGGAAGAAGAAUGGAGAGGACUGGGCAUAACUCAGAGUCUUGGAUGGGAACACUAUGAGGUGCACGAGCCUGAACCACACAUUCUGCUGUUCAAACGCCCCAUCGGCUAUCAGCCUCCAGCACAAUGAUCGUCCAAUGUUCCGGCAAGGUCAAUCAACUAGCGCAGCAUUGGGAUGGCGUUACUCUGUGGAUCUGGAAAGUGUAUUCAACUGCGCAUUGAGCGAGCGUGCUUACCAGGAUUUUGUAUGUCUUGACGAAUGAAUGCACAACAGCCGGUGAUUCGGGCACGAGAUAAUAGAGGUUCAUACAGGUCUAGCAUAACCCCAGCUAUCAAACACAACUUGCUUUCAUCCGUUGUGUCGGCGUCGGAGGCGAUCGAGAGAACGCAUCGCAUCGAAUACCAUCUACAAAAUAAUGAUACCCUCGCCUUCAACAG